AUGGAAAAGAUUUUAAAUGAAAUUGAUUCUCAGAUUAAGCUUGGAAACAUCAAUAUAGCUCUAGAUAGUCUACAAUCCUUAGUCACCAAAUAUAAAAAGAACCCUGAAAUCUUAAAAGAAAUAUCUCUAAAAUUCUACAUAACUGGCCAAGAAAUCAUGAAAAAAGGUGAUUAUCGAAAUGCAAUUGGCCUAUGAAAAUUCUUAUCUCUUUUAUUUCCUCCAAGUGGUUUGCAAGACAAAAUUUGUGACAUAAAAAAUGCAUUAUCCUUUUGUUUUAGAGUUCUACGGAAAACCAACGAAGCUAUCAAAGAAAUUUUAUCAGCCAUAGAAGCUGCGACCAUGCAAACUUCUACCAAUUAUAAAUUAGCAGCUUUGCAUUUAAAUGCAUGCGCUAUUUACAGAGAAGACUUAAAAGACUCAAAAUCUGCAAUGAUUCACGCUGAGCUUGCUUAUUUUCAUGCAAAAGAGUCAAUUACGCUAGCUCACGUCGAUAUUUCAGCUGCCAGACAUACUCUUGGAGUGACUUAUUAUAAUUAUGGGCUUUUAAAAGAAGAAAACAAUGAAAUGUCAACGGCAUUGCUGUGAUAUAGAGAAGGGUUUAAAUUUUGCGAAGAAUUUGUGAAUGAUUUGUUUUUGGAGCAAGCUUUUAGAGAAAAGAUAAAUUUUUUGGAAGGGAAGUCAAGGCUGUCACCAAUCAAAUUAAUAAAUAGAGGGUCUGCGUCUGUAGUCACAUCGAGGGCAAAAAGGAAAAAGUCGCCUUAUUUAUAUGACGUUGCCAGUAUCAUAGAUAGAAGCAAAAUAAGUAGUAGGGCUUUGCAGUCGAGAAAAUCGUCAUCUUAUGGGCCGAGAUAUAGGCAUUUAGAUCCCGGAAUGUCAAGGUAUGUGAUUCCUCCUCAUUUUGCUGUUAAUAGGUCAGCAGCGCAAUCAGAGUAUAGCAAUAACUCGUCAAUCCAUCAACAUUCCCAGUACUCACAGCCUGAUUCUAUGUCUACAAUUGAAAGAUCAACUGAAGUCUCUGCGAGAACUAGCAAAUAUAAGAUUUCAAAGCCGGCAACAAAAAUAAAAAUCCCUAAAAAAAAUCAAAGUACAGAGAUUAGGUAAAGGGUUUAAAGUCUUCCAGGUUGAAUCCUCCAUACACUUGAGACCAAUGGAGCCUUCUUGCCGGAGUAAACUACAAAACCAUUGGAAAAAUUCAUAUUAUUUGGGUAAAAACCUUCCGUUAGAGAACAAAAAAAUUUUUAUGAAAAAAUAUUUGAUAUAUAGUGAUAAUCUUUAUAAUGAAAUCUCUUGCUAAUUCUGUUAUAUUUCUAAAUAGCUUGCAUUUUAAAACAUAAAUUUUAUAAAUUAAAUUAAUAUUUGUUUAUAAUUUUUGUGAAUUGGAUUUUGAAAUUUCGAAAAAAAAACCCUGAGCGAACAAAUAGUUUUGUUCUAAGGCUUGCACCGAUAUCCUUGAGUCUCGCCCGGUAAGAAAUAUUCCUCUUGCUCCACGCAGUUCAAGUACUAUGAAGGUACCGGUUAACUCGAUGCCUCCUGUUAACCGCGUUUAGGGGAAGGUGACGCCCAGGAAAAGGAACCACAGCCUUCCAAAAUCGGAGUGACCUAACAGCCAUCCAAAUAACGAAUAUCUGGACCAAAUUCACCACCAGCUGACUCCCAAGACUUACUCACCCAAUACGACUGCUCAAGGAAAGCUAAGUUCUAGGAUUAAAGGACCUGAGUUUUGGUUUAGAUUAUAAAGCAAAGUGGUGCGUCGCCGUCAAGGACAUAUUUUGCCGCCACCACACCAUUAAUAACUUCAAAGUACAGAGAAUUGUUUCGAAGCUUGAAAAUAAAAUAAGCCCGAAAAAUAAUUCUGAAGCUGUCAGAAGCAAUAUCGGGGAAUCAAAAAUUUUUUCUGAUGAAUUUUAUAGACACCAGAAAGCUAUAGUAAAAAUUCAAUCAUGGUUUAGAAGCUUAAAAUGCCAAGAAAUAUAUGGAAAGCAAAGAAAAUUUUAUGAUUAUAUUGCCUUUGGAAAAGCUAUUUUAAAUGAAGGGUAUUAUUUUGUAACUGUUUAUAGGAGCAUUAAGCAGGCACAGUUGAAGCACCGCUUUAUGAGGAAAAAAGUGGAAAUUAACGUUGUAGUUGAUGCUUUUCCAUUAGAAAAAGGAUUUCAAAAGCCCUCUGAUUUAGAUAUAAGUUUGAGUGAUAUUUGUUUGAGGCUCAGCAUUGAAUCUGAUGAGUUUGAACUAAGAAAAAUUCAAGACAGCAUAAUCGACAAAGUUACGAUCAGAGAUGGGCAUGUUGAUAUCAGCAAUGAAGAGAAAACUACUGAAAAAAUUAUAUCAAGAAUAAUUUAUAUAGGAAAGGCUGCCCUUUCCGAUGAUGCUGAAUAUGAUUUAGAAAUGAAAUAUGUGUUUGGCAAAGAAAAGAAGAUUGAAAUAAUAGCAGUAAACGGGGAUUUGAUUUAUAACUAUACAAUGCAACUAGAUUUGCUACAAGAUUAUGAAACAAUUAAAAAAAAAGUGCCAUUUAUUCUGAGCAGAUUAUUGAUUGAAAAUGGAUCAUUGCAGCUUAAAAUAUAG